AUGGCGGAAGCUUUGGGCAUUGCAAGUGGCGUGGCUGGGAUUAUCUCGUUAGGAUUGGAGAUAACGCAAGGAUUGCUAAAGUUCUAUGCCGCAUGGAGGAAUCAAGAUGCAGAGAUUGAUAGCAUGUACAACGCUCUGAGCAGCUUGUCGAGCUUACUGGCCCAGAUUCAGCGCAAGAUUCAACCACCCGCCGCAUUCGACAUUGAAACCAAGAGAGAUGUGGAAAAGUGUAUUGCGGCCACUCUUGCUAACCUGGAACAGCUGAACGCCGAGCUCGGCAAGAUCAGGGAGACAGGACCGUCUGUACAAGCUGGAGUCCGGAUUACAAUGCGACGCCAUGUACUCAGAGGAAAAUACCCCUUCAGGGUCGAAACUCUGCGCAACAUCCAGACCUACCUAACCGAAUCUCGAUCCAAUCUGUCUUUGGCAUUGCAGCUACUACAUAUUGAUAAGAUCUCUGAAGCGGUCGAGAAGGUCGAUCUGAUAAUACGGUGGAGGCAAGACGAUAAAACUCGCGAGAUUAUUGAUUGGCUAUCCCCCACCAACUUUUGGUUGAGACAGGCAGACGUGCUUAAACAACGGCAACCCGGUACUGUAGAGUGGCUACUGCAGGAUUCAAGGUUUCUAGAUUGGGAAACUGGCGGCAGAGGAAUUCUUUGGUGUCAAGGCAGCCUUGUUGUUGACUUCCUCGAGACUGAUUUACCUAGCCCGGAUAUCAGCCUGGCAUUCGUGUAUUGCAAUCACAAAGCAAGCCAAGAUCAGAGCCCCGAGUAUUUUCAUCGUGCUAUUGCUCGCCAGUUGGUCGAGCAGAAACAGGCCAUGCCAGGAAGUGCUUCGGAGUUAUACCAGCGGCAUCGCGGAAAGGAAACGGCUCCAACAGAAUCGGAAUGCCUAAAGUUGCUGCAAUCGUUAUCAAUAGACUCAGCCGAAACCUAUGUUGUCAUUGAUGCGUUGGACGAAUUGGCAUUGCAACUGAGUAUCAGAGAAGUCGAUAUUCUGACAAAGGGAUCGUUAUACGACGAGGCUAUGCAGAGGCUCAUGUCGUCAUCAACUGCUCAGCUUGCUCUGCGAGUCAUCGCAUGGGUUGUGUAUUCUUUGAGGCCGUUGAAAAUCAUAGAACUCCAACAUGCAGUCGCAAUCGAUGAAUUAGAAUCAGAGGACGAAGACAUCCCGGAAGAAUGUUUGAUUGAUCAGACCAAGAUUAUUAACGCUUGCGUUGGACUGAUCAGGAUCGAUGAGGAGAGUCAAACGAUCGGUUUGGUUCAUUACACUACUCAGGAAUAUUUUGACCAGAGGGGCUCACACUACUUCCCAAGUGCACAAGUGGAUAUUGGGAUUGCUUGUGUGAGGUAUUUACAGCUUGGCACUUUUGGUUCCGGUAGAUGCUCAUCUGUUGAACAACUGGAUGAUCGGUUGGCCAGAAAUCCAUUUCUGGAUUACGCAUGUCGGCACUUCUGCGACCACAUCCGAGAUGAACUGGAGUGUAAAGACCUGCAUCAGCUUGCAGUUCAGCUUUUCUUGGACAGGCCCAGGAUGUUGUGUGCUGCUCAAGUUUUGCUUGAUGAUCCACUAGGCAGGUUGUGGUGGAGGGAUAGGAGGUUGCGUGAGAUUGGUGAGGGAUUUGAAGCCAUCCACUUUGCAGCUAAUUUUGGAGUUUUGCCAAUAAUUUCGCCGCUUUUGAAGGAACGUGACUGUGACUUGAACCUGAAAGAUUUUCAAGGGCGAACUCCUCUUUCACAUGCAGCAUCAAAUGGCCACGAGUCUGUGGUUAAACUAUUCCUGCAGCAUGGUGCUCAAGCAGACUCUAAAACCGACUCUGGUCAGACACCUCUUAUAUUUGCGGUAGUACAUGGCCACGAAUCUGUGGUUAAACUACUCCUGCAGCAUGGUGCUCAAGCAGACUCUAAAACCAUCUCUGGUAAAACACCUCUUUCAUAUGCAGCAUCAAAGGGCAAAGAAUCGGUGGUUAGACUACUCCUGCAGCAUGGUGCUCAAGCAGACUCUAAGAACAACACUGGUCAGACCCCUAUUUCAUAUGCAGCAUCAAAGGGCCAUGAAUCUGUGGUCAGGUUGCUCCUAACGCACGGUGCUCAAGCAGACUCUAAAGCCAACUGGGGUCAGACGCCUCUUUCACGUGCAGCAUUUGAUGGCCAUGAAUCUGUGGUCAGGUUAUUUCUGGAGCAUGGUGCUCAAGCAGACUGUAAGGAUGGGGAUGGCGGGACACCUCUUUCAUCUGCAGCAGCAACUGGCCAUGAAUCUGUGGUCAGAUUACUCCUGAAGCAUGGUGCUCAGGCAGACUCUAAGGAUGACGAUUGUCGGACACCUCUUUCGUACGCGGCAUCAAAUGGCUAUGAAUCUGUGGUCAAGUUACUCCUAGAGCAUGGUGCUCGAGCGGACUCUAAGGAUGACGAUUUUCGGACACCUCUUUCGUACGCGGCAUCAUAUGGCUAUGAAUCUGUGGUCAAGUUACUCCUGGAGCAUGGUGCACGAACGGACUCUAAGGACAAAGACAGUCAAACACCCCUUUCAUAUGCAGCAUCAAGGGGCUACGAAUCUGUAGUCAGGAUACUUCUGGAGAACGGCGCUCGGGCAAACUCUAGAGAUAAAGACAGCCACACACCUCUUUCAUAUGCAGCAUCAAAGGGCCAUGAAUCUGUGGUCAGGUUGCUCCUGCAGUAUGGCGCUCAAGCAGACUCCGAAACCAGUUCUGGCCAGACACCUCUUUCAUAUGCAGCAUCACAUGGCCACGAAUUUGUGGUCAAAUUACUCCUGGAUCACGGUGCGCAAACUGAAUCUAAGGAUAAGUAUGGUUGGACACCUCUUGUAUAUGCGGCAAUAUGGGGCCAGGAAUCUGCGGUCAGGUUACUCUUGGAGCAUGGUGCUGAAGCAGAAUUGAAGGACAACGAGAGUUGGACGCCUCUUUCAUAUGCAGCAUUGAAGGGCCAUGAAUCUGUGGUCAGAUUACUCCUGGAUCAUGGUGCUCAAGCAGACUCUAAGCAUGGCAAUGGUCGGACACCUCUUUCAGACGCGGCAUCAAGAGGCUAUGAUUCUGUGGUCAGGCUACUCCUAGAGCAUGGCGCCCGAGAAGACUGA